AAGGGGCUCACUGCUGUCCUGUUGCUGCUGUCCGUGGUCCUUGCAGCCAUGACUCCCAUAGCCAAAUCUUUCUACGAUCUCAACGCCACGGACCUCCAAGGGGAGAAGGUGGAUUUCAACAACUUCAGAGGGAGGGUGGUCUUGAUAGAAAAUGUAGCCUCCCUCUGAGGCACAACGGUGAGGGAUUACACCCAGAUGAACCAGCUGCAGAGCAAAUACCCUCGACGGUUGGUUGUGCUGGGUUUCCCUUGCAACCAGUUUGGCUACCAGGAGAACUGCACAAAUGAAGAGAUCCUCAACAGCCUGAAGUAUGUGCGGCCUGGGUCCGGAUUCGAACCCAACUUUACCCUUUGCCAGAAAUGCGAGGUGAACGGCAAGAACACCCACUCCGUCUUUGCCUACUUGAAGGACAAACUUCCUUACCCAGAUGACAACCCUUCCUGUUUCAUGAUGGAACCGAAGUUCAUCAUUUGGAGCCCGGUGCACCGCCAUGACAUCUCCUGGAACUUUGAGAAGUUCCUGGUGGGGCCUGAAGGCGAGCCUUUCAAGCGCUACAGCCCCCGAUUCCUCACCACCAACAUCGAGCCCGACAUCCAGCGCCUCCUGAAGCUUGCCAAAUAAGAGGAGAACAAGCAUCCCCAAGAUUAUUCCAGUGGAGACUGGUCCAUUAGGGGAACCUCUGCCUGCCCUCCCCUUAUUUCUUACAAAUGCCCUGGGAGGUGGCACGGCCCGUCAGCUUCCUCCUCUUCCUUCUCCGUUUUGCUCUUGCAGAACUCAGAAGGAAGGAGGCAAACUAGAGUUAGUGGGCUCUGUCUGUCAUUGGCCCUGGCCCCACUUACUGUCAAUCUCCCUGCAUUUGGCCCCAAUGGGCACCAGCCACCACUGGAUUAUUCUAAGUGUCUUGAUGGAGCAAGGCGGGUCAUAAGAAUGGCUUGACGUUCACUGCGCUGUGAUCAUGGGUGUCUCCUCCCUGUCCACCCAUAGAAACACCCCCACGCCCCAACUCCCUCACCUUCUUUCUGAGUGUAUCAGGUGCUUCCUCCUAGCUCCUGACAGAGCCAGCAUCAGACUUUUACUGAGUGACGGUGCCCUCCUAAAGCUCAACGGAGGGGGCCCGAAAGGUGUGAAGGUGCUGAUCCCCUGGCCCUUGCUUGCUGGGGACUCCUUGUUUCAUGAGUCCAAUAAAUGAGUUGAUGAAU